AUGGGGAAGAAGAAGAAAGUCGGGAAGGAGAGAAUUGACAAGUACUACAAGCUAGCCAAGUCGGCGGGGUACAGAGCCAGGUCUGCAUUCAAGCUAAUUCAAAUAGCCCAGAAGUACAACAUUUUUAAAGAUGCAAAUAUACUAAUAGAUUUGUGUGCAGCACCUGGAGGAUGGUUGCAGGUGGCAUAUAAAAAUAUGAAAAGAAGCAGCACCAUUAUAGGAGUAGAUUUAGUUCCCAUCAGAAAAAUAGAUAAUAAUGUCAUCACCUUAAAAUGUGAUAUUACUACAAGUGCCUGUAUUAAGCAGAUAAAAAAUAUAAUAAAAAAUGAAAAGGCUGACGUGAUCCUAAAUGAUGGGGCCCCCAAUGUAGGAACAACAUACUCAUAUGACAGCUUUAACCAAAAUGUGCUUGUCCUUAAUAGUAUCAAAAUAGCCAACCUUUUUCUAAAAAAAAGAGGUAUCUUUAUUACCAAAGUUUUCCGAAAUGAAGAAUAUGUAUCCCUAAUAUGGGUUAUGGAAAAACUGUUUGGCCAAGUCAAACAUAUAAAACCAAGAAGUAGCAGAGAAAUAUCCUCCGAAAUUUAUCUAGUCGGUUUGAAUUUCCUAUGUGCUAAGGUGGAUAAGAAGCUGUUUGAUUAUAACUACGUCUUUAGUGAACAGUUUAAGCAGGAGUCCAAUAAGGUAGCCACAAACGACGCCAGCGACAACGACAUUUUUACCGAUUCUAGUGAUGAUGAGAAAGAAAACCAAAAAAAAAACAAAAAAAAGAAAGGACUGUCAACCAUUUUAAAAGAAAAGAAGAAGAAAAAUAGACAGGGAUAUGACCUCGGGGAUGAUUAUCGUGUCACAGAUAUAUGCAACUUUAUCCAUAGUGAUAAUUACGUCGAUUUACUCAUCAAAACGAACAAAUUCACCUUCGAUAAGGACUACCUCACUUCGGAAGACCCCUUAGUUAGGAAUACAUAUACUGCCAUUUAUAAAAACCCUAGCACCACGCAGGAGAUUCUGCAGCUCUGCAAGGAUCUUAAGGUUCUGGGCAAGUCAGACUUGUUUCACCUGAUCAAAUGGAGGUACAAAGUUAGGAAGGGCAUCGUAAGGGUGGGUGAAGAGGCCCAAUCGAGCCAAGACGUAGAUGCAGAAGAGGAAGCCAGUCAAGUGGUAGACCCCGUGCAGGAAGACACGCCCAUUAAGGAAACACGAACUGACACCACGAAAGCAUCCCUGCAGGAUGACGAACUGAGUGGUUCCUCCGACGCUGACUCGGAAAAAGACGAAAUAAACGAAUUUUCCACUCAAAUGGAAAAAAAAAAUAAAAAGGAACAAAAGAAAAAGGAAAAAAAAUUGAAAAAAGAACUAGAGAAAAGAAAAAUGAACAAAUCGAUCAAGCCAGAUUAUGACGAAAAUGAAAUACAUUUCAACAAAAAUAUGUUAAAGUUGCUGGAUAAGCAGUCAUUCGAGGAUCACCUGAACAUACUGAGUGAAAGCAAAAAUAACGACAGGCUGGAAAUUAACCAGGAAAAUGAUUCGUCCAGCGAGAAGGAGGAAGACGAGCAGCUAAACGAUACAAAUGAGUCCAAAAUGGACCGCAUAGAAUACCUUGUCAAUUUGGAUUAUGAACAGCAAAAAUUGAAGGAAAAAAAAAUGAACGAAGAGAAAAGCAACGAGAAAUUGACCAGGCGGAAAAGGGCAAUGGAUUAUAAAAAUGAGGAGUUGAUGAAAAUCCAGAAAAUCAUGGAGUUGAAAAAUGAAGAGUUAAUGAUGAAGAGGAAAUUGCACGAGUAUCUCAGUGAUGAGGAGGAGACAGACGAAGAUGAAACGGAUGAUGAAGAAGACGAUGGUGAGGACGCGUCUGAUGAGGGAAGUGACGCUGCGAAGGCACGCCCCCACCCCGGAAAACGCGGCAAAGACGAAAUGAAGAACGAUGAAAAGAAUGCUUACGCAGAGGCUAUCCAGCAAAAUGAGCACAUACACAAAAUGGUAGACAAGAUAAUUCGAUUAAGAAAAGUUGUUAAAAAGGAAGAAGAAAAAUCCAAUGUAAAUCGUUUUUUUGAUCAGAAGAUAUUUUCCACGAUAUUUAAUGAGAUGGAUGGUGAGUUGGAUGAUAGUGGCGCUGUGGAGGAGGGCCCCAAAGGUUCCGGAGCACGUAAAGGUGACGAUGAAGAUGACAAUAGUGAUGAUGACGAUAAUGAUGAGACGGAUGACGAGGAAAAGUUCAACGAAGUGGAAGAUCGCCAGUUGCCCAAGAUCCCACUGCCAAACAAGCUAGCCAGAAAGGAGAGAAACAAAAAAUUAAGAGAAAAAUAUGGAAACAACGAAGUAAAGAUGAAGAACACCACCUUUUCAAUUGUAAAAACGGACGAAAGUGGACAAAGCAAUGUAGGUACAUAUUUUUCCAACCUAAUUAAAGACGAAGAUGAAUUGGCAUUCAUAAAAUGCAUCGGAGAAAAAUUAAUUCAUAAAAAAAGCAGAAUGGAUUUGAUAGACGAUUCGUUCAAUAGGCAUUCUUAUUUGGAUGAUGAAGACAUGCUACCCGAAUGGUUUGUGGAGGAAGAAAAGAAAUUUAGAAGGCCAGUUAUCCCAAUCGACAAAUCCAUCCUAAAUCAAUACAAGAGCAGCAUUAACAAAAUUACGAAAAUGCCAAUUAAGAAGGUGAUCGAAGCAAAAAUGCGAAACAAGAAGAGAGAAAUUGCGAAAAUGAAAAAACUGGAGGCAAAAAUCGGAAAAAUUGAAAAGGAUGAGGAAGACCCCUUCCUUAAGCACAAGGCCAUUACGAACAUAUUAAAGAAGAACAAAUCAGAAAAAAAACGAGAAAAAUCGUACGUUGUUUGUACCGGAAAAGGCUCCAAGGUGCCGAAGAAGAAAAACAAAAAGGGAGGUAGGACAGUGGUUAAGUAUGUCGACAAGAGGCUCAAAAAGGAUAAGAAAGCGAAGAAGCGGGUGGAAAAGAAGAAAAAAAAUAUAUCAAGACGCAAAUACUCCAAAUCGAGGCCUUUCAAAUUUAAGCAGAAAAUUUGA